AUGGAUCCUCAGACAGCUCUGACCAGGACGCUCCUGCUUCUCCUGUUCCUGCACCUGUCGCCUCCGGGAGGUCGAUCCCACCCUUUGGGUGCCUCUGAUCUGGUCUCGGAACUGCCUACACAGGACAAGGUGUCCAAGAUGCUCACAGAGCCAGUGGAACUGGAGAUCCCCCAGCAGGACCAAGGACCUGUGGAAACCUUGGAGGCCCCUGAGGGUGUCCUCCAGCUUCCUGCAAUCCAGGUCAGGCCGCCGACACCACGCCCCAGGAGGAGACCCUAUUCUAGCUGCUUUGGGCGGAAGAUCAACCGCAUCAACUCACACAGUGGCCUGGGCUGUAAUGUGAUGAAGAGGCACAUGAGUUCCUUCUCCACCAUCACCGUGGGCUUCCUCUUCUUCCUGGCGUUUCAGCUCCCAGGUCAAACCAGAGCAAACCCUGUGUACACCUCCAUGUCCAAUGCAGACCUGAUGGAUUUCAAGAAUUUGCUGGAUCGUUUGGAGGACAAGAUGCCUUUAGAAGAUGAGAUUGUGCCUCCACAAGUACUAAGCGAACAGAAUGAUGAGGCUGGGGUGGCUCUUAGCCCCCUCCCGGAGGUGCUUCCCUGGACCAGGGAGGUCAGCCCAGCCCAGCGAGAUGGGGGUACCCUUGGGAGGGGCCCUUGGGAUUCCUCUGAAAGAGCCUCUCUCCUGAAAAACAAGCUGAGAGCACUGCUCACUGCCCCUCGGAGCCUGCGGAGGUCCAGCUGCUUUGGGGGCAGGAUCGACAGGAUUGGAGCCCAAAGUGGCCUUGGGUGCAACAGCUUCCGGUACCGAAGAUAA